UUUUUCUCAAUUAAAUUUACCUUCGGAAAGGUCUUGAUGUCCAACACAUUUCAAUGCUGGGAGUGAAAUAUUUACGAAUGAGGCGAGAUGGAGACAGACUCUACUCCAGCUGAUCACCUGUCAGAAGAUAACAUCCAGACAACCAUUGGACAAAUUUGUCAGAAACUGGAGUGCAGCGGUGACGAUUGUCUAUUUCUGCGGGUAUCGGAUCGAGGAACAACCUGCUCUAAGCUUGGGACAAAGAAUGCUUUGUUGUUUGUUCAGACCCAGCCACAGCUUGUACAGGAGUUCCAGAAGUUCUGUUCAGGAAUUUAUUCCACCUUGGCUGCUUCUGUAAAAUGUGAAAGAGAUUUAGAUGUUGCAGAGGAUGCUUCCUUGGGAACAAAGACACUAUCGAGGUCCAAAAGUCGAGCAGAUUUAGGAGACAGCGGCCAUGAUGAAGUCACAGAUGAAUUGGCCACCAGUAAACAACAAACAGUGUUGUCAACAGAAAAAGCUAAUGGUGGAACAACACACACGGGGGAAAGAACAGGCAGAGACAAUGGAACAGCCACCUUAGAGAGUAGAACAAGGAGUAACAAAAACAGAACAUCUAAGGAUAAAAUAACAACUUUUAACAGUAAGUCCACUAACUCUAAAACGCCAACAGACAUCGCUAGUAAAAAGAGAAAAUCUGAAGUGAGAAAAGAUGAUGGAACGGAUGGUAAGAACGAUGACAAGGAUGACUGUGGUGUGGUUAAUACCUCAGUCUGUGUACCCGAGAGGUUAGACAGCAAUGGUUCUGAAGCAAGAACACGACCAAAACGUAAAUUGUGUACACCAAGCAAACUAAGCUUGUAUGAAACAAACUUCAGGAAAGGUGGUGAAAGUUCUUCAAAUGUUAAAAAUAGUGUAGAGAAUUCCACUCCCAUAGGAAAAUCUCUCAGUGUAGUUAGAGGAAAAGUCUCAAAAAGUUGCAAAACUGAAUCUAAUGUGCUUGUAAAGGAAAGCAAGGAACCUAAAAUUAAAGGAAGGGACAAUCUUAGUCAGAAAAACAAACAGUCUGAAGUGUUAUCUAGUGAAAACAAAAAGUCAAGGGCACCAUCGGGUAGAAAUGAAAUGAAAUCUAAACCCGAUGAAAAUGAAACUUUAACAGAAAAAGAUGACGCUGUAACUGAUGAAGAUGAAUUUGAAGAGGUUGAUGAUGAUAAUGAUGAAGAUUAUGUUGUGGAACCUUCAACAAAAUCACGUCCAGACAAGGAUUCACUUUCUAACAAGAAAAGCAUAAAGUCUCUGAAGGAAAAAUGGAGUUUAAAGUGCAAGAAGUGUGAUUCAGUCUUUGGUCACCGCGGUACCUUAAACCGACAUCUUCGGAACAACGUUUGCUCAGCUACCGUUUCCAGGAGAGGACCAAAAAAGGCCAGGUUUGGGAAUCAGUCUAACACAGGAAUAAAAGAGGUGGGGGUUGAUAGGAAUGUGAUUGAAAGUAAAGAAAUAACUUCAGAUUUUAAGUGUGAAGAUUGUGAUACUUCAUUCAAGUCAAGCCAAAGUCUAAAGAGGCACCUGAAUGAAAAUGGCUGUGAUACAAAUAUGAAAAAACAGAAGACUAUGGAUGAUUCAAAAACGGGUGAUGAAGACAUGGGGAACGUGGAAGAGAAUUCUGACAUGUUUGAGGGUAAAGAUGUGCAUGGUGGACAAUCAAAAAGGCUGGUUAAGUGUGGUCUGUGUGGGGCGCUCAUCCUACCCCGAGGCAUGAACAAACACCGUGUUAGUAAAUCAUGCAGGGCGAAAAAGAUUAAAAGGAAAUUGAGUCCCGCCUCAAACAAUAAAGAAAAGGUUUCUGAUGAGGCCUCGGACCAAUCAACAGACAGGGUCGCAGAAAUUGAAGCAGAUAAAUUGAGUCGUUUGUCGGCAGGAAGUGAAAUUAUCAUUGGAGGUGAAAGGUCAACAAUCAAUGAUGAAACAUCAUCAAAUAUUGUGGAACUAUCUAGUAUCAAAAUUGAAAAGGAGGAUACUGAGACUGUUGCCUCGACAACGGACAACCCUGCACCAGCUGUCAUCACAAAUAGACGUCGUCAGAAAGGCACAUUCCAGUGCGGUUCGUGUGAUUUUGUAUUUUCUAGUAAAAUAACUCUAAAAAGACACGUGAUGAGUGGUUUGUGUCCUGGUGUGAAGCUGGAAGUGCAGACCAGCUUGAUGGAUGGUCAGGAAAAAUUCACAUGUGACACCUGCGAAAAAAUGUUUGUGUCUUCCAUUGAAUUCCUACGUCAUCGCCAGCGCCAUGUAAUGACCCCGUCCUCUGGGUUCACAUGCACUGUGUGCGAGGCUGACUUCCUGUACGACUGGGAGCGUGUGAGACACAUGGUACGAUGUCAUAAACUAAAGGGACCCAUCGACUGUUUGGUUUGUCUUCACAGCUUUCGUAACUAUUUGGAAUAUCGCACUCACAAGCGAUACUGCAAAACAACAUUGAAAUGUGAAGGGGAGACCACUCCGAGGCAGACAACUUCAGGGGAUAAAGAGAAUGUAAACGCAGGGAUAAAUAACAAUAAUAGCUUGAAGUCUCAUGAUCAGGAAAUAACCUCAGAUAGUGGGAGAGUUAACCCUGAUGAAGGGGAGAUAUCUCAGACGGAUAAUUCUGACAAGAAAGGGGAGAGCACUGGUGAGACUUCUUCAGUAAACAUUAAAGUGAGGUUGAGUUCGGGCGCUGUCAUAUCUGUUAGGGAUACCAUGAUUAAGAGUAGCUAUGUUGCUGAUCUUAGUGAUUCUAUGGACAUUGAUGACAGCCAUGUUAACCGUGAGGCUGAUGAUGUAUCUAGUUCUCUUACAGAUAAUUCCACUGCUGGGACGCAGGCUUCUUCACAAGAUACGGAAGCUUCCAAAGGUGAUACAAGCACUACCGAAGGAGAUGCGUCAUCUUCUACUGUUGUUCAAAUGAAUUCCCCUGAAGCUACAGAGGGUUCUUCUGAAGCUGCAAGGAAUCUGUCAGUAGUAUCGGGGAAUUCCCCUGAAGCAACGGAAACUACCUCGAAAGAAAACGCAACAUUGGAUGAGGAUAGUACUAGUAUCAUCUGUACUCGGUGUCAUAAGGAUGUGCGAGGUUUGUUCACAAAAGAUGCGGGAAAAUAUGUGUGUAAAAUCUGCCGUCGAACAUAUGUCAACAACUUUCAGUUGACUAAGCACAUGGCCACGCACACGGCUUCGAAAUUCUACAGCUGUCAUCGUUGUAAUAAAUGCUUCACGGAGACAAGAUAUUUACAGCGCCAUCUCAUGGACACUCACCGUGAACGAUACAGCAUUUGUCGGUUUUGUUGUGCCCUGUUCAGCACUCGUAGCGGACUUACACAGCAUCUGAGGCAAAAACACCCGACUCAGGGUGAAACCAGGUGUCGCCUCUGUUACAAGGAGUUCUCAGACAAGAUAGCCUGCAUGGAACACGAGGAUAGACACUACAGAGAAAGGGCUCGCCAGUAUGUUUGUGAUAUAUGCGGUAAGAUGUUGCAUAACAGACAUUCUCUGUCACUUCACAUGGCAUGGCACAACGACUUGCGGCCAUUUGUCUGUGAGGUGUGUCAUAAAGGGUUCCGAACAAAAGUCAAUCUGCUCGGCCAUUUGCCAGUACACAGUGGCGUGAAGGCAUACCAGUGUGAGAUUUGUGGUCAGUGCUUCACGUUGAAGGAGACACUCCGUCGGCACAAGAGAACUCACAUCAAAGACAAGAAGUACCAGUGUAAACAGUGCGGAGUUAAGUUCCGCAGCACGGACGGUCUGAAUGGUCACAUGGUCAAUAGUCACCUGACCGUCGAUGACAUCAGCAGUCUCAAGUUCAAGGUACGGCAGUGCGAUUUGUGUGGAAAACUUUGCAGCUCCAAGCAGAUUUAUGAGCGUCACAUGACAACGCACACGGGUGAACGCCCAUUUCACUGCCAAUAUUGUCCACGGAGCUACAGUCUGAAUACACUCCUGCUUCGUCAUGUUCGUACCGUUCACCAGAGGUCCGAAGUCCACACCUGCCUCAUGUGUCACUGUCAGAUAUCGUCCCGAAGCAAGUGGCGGCGACACCUACGUACCAGAAAGCACCAGGAGCGGUGUGGGGAGAAGGGCAUCACUAUUGAGCCUGGCGAGGAUGGAAUGGUGGAAGGCAUUCAUUUCAAAGUAAGUGGACCAAAAAAGAUAACUAUUGCCUCUACUGAACGGGAAGCGACAAUCGAAGUACCAAAGACACGAGAUCAGAAUGUUGAUUACCUACAACAUAUCUCAGAAGAUGUCGAGGAUUCCGCAUACAUACAACAAAUUACGGAGGAAGUUCACGACUCGGGUUUCAUACAUCAAAUCACCGGCGAAGUUCAGAACUCUGAUUAUAUACAACAGAUCACAGAAGUAGUUCAGAGCUCGGAGUACGCACAGGAAAUCAGCGAAGAAGAUCAGAACUCGGGCUACAUAGAACAGAUAGCACAGGAAGUACAGACGGUUUCCAGGGGACAGAAUACCACUGUCAUGCAGAUUGUGUACGGAGACCAAAGUGAGUCGCAGACAGCAGUAAAUAGCAUUGUGGAGGGAAACUCUCUACAGAAUGUUGUGUUCCUCAAAGUGGUGUCAUAAUCACAGAGAAACUGGUAAAAAAGGGACUCUAAAUGUUAUGUACCUCACAUCUACGAUAAUACAGGGGUAAAACUCGCUUACACUCUCUGCACCUCUGGGAUAUGUCGCAGCAAAAUCCAUGGCCUCCCUUUGAUGUAUGUACUAUCAGAUAAAUCCCAUGGUAGUGUAACAGUAAAUUGACCUGCUUUGAAAUAAGAUUUAGUUGUCGCUCUAGCCUAGAGAUAGCUAGCUGCAUCCCUUCAAUUUUUUGAUGACAUGUUCCAGGAGUGCAGAGAGUGUAAGUGACAUAACAUAUAUAUGUAUCUUAGAGUGUUGUCAUAGAAACACUGAUGGGGGCAGACUUUGUAGAAUGCUGUGCAAGCUUAUCUGGAGAUGCUGUCAUAGAAAUACAGUUAACAACUAAGAAUUACCAUAAGUAUGCUGAUAUUCCAAUUGUACUGUUUUUCACUUAAAUUUUCAUUAUCUUACAAAAUGUAUACGGGUUAAUGUUACUAGUCAAAACAUUUAUGAAGAUUCAUGAGGGGUAAACGAAAAUAGUGAAACCACUCAUAUUUGUCAGAUAAAAGACAUGAUCAAGGCCUGUAAUGUAUAGUUAUAAUUCUGCAUUGACAAGUAUAAACAGUGUAAUCGUUUGUUAAGUUUAUAAUGUAAAUAUCCAACAACUGAUGUUAAGACUUGAUGUGCUGAGCUAAAUAUCUUGGUUUUGACUGAUGAUGUUGUCACCUACCAUAACAAUUCAAAAUGAUGACUCUGCUAAAGCACCGUGUAAUUGUAAGUUGAUCAUAGACCAUACAUUAUGUACUAUACUGGGAAAUCUUGGCCCGGUCAAACUUUCGUCCUUGCUGGUAAUAUUCGCGGAGUGUUAAUUCCGCCCUCCAUAUGUGACUGCUAUGUAUAUUGCAUAAUGUUUAGUCCUGUUGGCUGUGAUGAUAAUUCCACCCUUGUUUUGGAGGACGAAAAUGGCAAAAAUUGAACUGCAGUGAAAAUUUUCUAGUAUACAGUAAUAUAAUGAUAUCUAUAAAUAUAAAUAAAGACACAAUGUCUUUUAUUCUUUUUCAUGUUAUAAAUAUAUCUCUUUAUCUAUACUGUUCUGUCAGUGGGGUCCAGUUAAGCUAUAAUGUCAUUUAUCCAGUCAGCCUUUGGGAAGUUACUUAACAUAUAACAUGUAUAUACGGUAAACCUUCGGUCAGUUCGAACAAAAUCAAAUAAAUAUUGAUGAACCUGUUCUGAUUAUACGAAAUUAUGCUUCAGAAAAUAAGCGUGAGUUUGAACUAUCGGCAAAAAUUUCGGCAAAGUGUUAAUCAAGUCACAAACAUAUACCCGACAUAUAUAUCCAAUGUAAGGUCGAACGUAACAACAACGGCCUGGCAUAGAACAAUGGCACAUUUAUAAAUGGGUAAAAUGAUAGUAUAUUAUUUAAUUCGAUGUUAAUUGAUCAUUAAACUUUCUUCAUUUCGAGAUAAUUAUGAUCGUUAUUGUGAAGCAGAUGCCAUUGUGUAGGCCCCAAAACAGUACAUGUUUCAUUUGUGACACAAAAGUUAGACUACCUAGUUUGUAUCAGAUACCUUAAUAUGGAGUCUCUGUGUGGUUAGGUUUUAUUUGAAUCAUUUUAUUUUUUAAUUAGGUAAUGAUGACAGUUAACGAUAAAGUCACAGUAUUAUUUUUUACUGUUCAUUUAAACCAAUCUAGGUCUCUUAUUUUCAAUUUAAUGAUGAGGCAGGAAACAACAUGUAUUGUUGAAAUGGGAGUAUAAGGUUUAUCAAAUAAUAUGCUGUGUUAUCAAGCGAAUAUACCCAUGUCAUAUUUUUACCUAUCAGCCCUGUGAUUGGUUGAAAGUUUCAAUUGUUUCAAUUGUGAUGUCACGCCUAGGACAAGUACAUGACGUCAUAGACUUAGGCACUGAAGUAAAAAUCGCGGCUUUUUACAUUUCAAGGUUGCAUGAAAAUUGUCGUUUUACAUGAAUAAAUGCCACAAAUUUUGAUUAUGU